AUGACUGAGUGGGCUAGACUCGCACGAGGCCUGCCGUUAGGAAAGGCGCCGCUUUUGGACAAAAAGGCCUUUAGAGUUGGAGAGAUGGGGAGAACGCCACGCUUUGAUCACUCCAAGGACUUCAGUAAUAUGCCGUUUUUGUUGAAACAACCUACUGUCGAAGAGCUCAAGAAGAUGAAAACCACAAUGGUCACGCUAAAGCUUGCAAACGAACAAGUCCAGAAGCUGAAGAAGAGGGCAAAUCAGGACCGUCAGAUCAGUACUAUCCUGGAAACAUCACGACCUUAUACGCGGUAUGAAGUCUUAACGGCUCAUAUUUGGAGGUGUUUAACUAAGGCGAGGAAGCACCAGAGGGAACAACCCACAGCGUGCGGCAUAACAAUCGACUCACGAAAGCGCCUUCAGCCGCCGUUACCAUUUUCGUACUUCGGUAAUGGAGUUUUCGAUGUAAUGGCGAGCUGUACCUCUGGAGAUUUGUUGUCUAAGUCGUUAGGUUUCGGAGCGAGUAAAGUACGCUCGGCAAUUGAGAUGGUGACAAACGACUAUAUUUUGUCAGCAAUUGACUUCCUAAAAAGUCAACAAGACCUGACCCAAUUCCAGUGCUCAUAUAAAUCGUCAACUAAUGGAGGAGGCAAAUACUUUGGGAAUCCUAAUGUUGGCGUCAUAAACUGGAUGAACUUAGCGUUUGAGGGUAUUGAUUUCGGAUGGGGAAAGGAGAUCCAUUUUGGGCCUGCUUACCACGAAGUUGAUGGUGAUUUGUGGAUACGUAGGAGUGGUGAUGAAGAUGAGUCCCUCUUGAUUGUCAUUUGCCUUCUUGUGGAACAUGUCGAAGCUUUCAAGAAGUACUUCUUUGAUGAUAUUUAA